ACAGGGAGAUUCUCUGUGUUUACAGCCAGCGCAGGCUACGGCGAGCAUCUAACCUGGCCCCCCCUCUUUCUCCAACCCUGGAGGGGGAGAGCGGGAGGUUAUUUGGGAAUCCGGCCACCGUGGGUCAGCUGUCGCUGCGCUCGGAUUGUCAGAGCUGGUAGAGCAGAGCCCAAGGGGACUGAAGGGAGACACGCAAUCCCAUCUUAUUUGAAGGGAGGAAAAUAAUAAUAAAGAAAUAGAGAAGGAAAGAGCCGGAGGAAAAGGCAGAGGAAGCGGGGCGAGUGAGAGUUUGGAAGCAUGAGGACCUACUGGCUGCACAGUAUCUGGGUGCUGGGAUUCUUCCUGUCCCUCUUCUCCUUGCAAGGGCUGCCAGUCCGCAGCGUGGAUUUUACCCGAGGCACCGAUAACAUCACCGUGAGGCAGGGGGAUACAGCCAUCCUCAGGUGUUACGUAGAAGACAGAAGCUCCAAGGUAGCCUGGUUAAACCGUUCUGGCAUCAUUUUUGCUGGAGAGGACAAGUGGUCCCUGGACCCUCGAGUAGAGCUGGAGAAAAGAAACCCACUGGAAUACAGCCUGCGGAUCCAGAAAGUGGAUGUCUACGAUGAGGGCUCUUAUACAUGCUCAGUGCAGACACUGCAUCACCCCAAGACCUCCCAGGUUUACUUGAUCGUGCAAGUUCCACCAAAGAUCUCCAAUAUCUCCUCGGACAUCACCGUAAAUGAGGGCAGCAAUGUGACCCUGGUUUGCAUGGCAAAUGGGCGUCCUGAGCCUGUCAUCACCUGGAGGCACCUCACCCCAACAGGCAGAGAAUUUGAAGGUGAGGAAGAGUACCUGGAGAUCCUAGGAAUCACACGAGAGCAAUCGGGCAAGUACGAAUGCAAAGCUGCCAAUGAGGUUGCUUCAGCAGAUGUCAAGCAAGUCCGAGUCACUGUGAAUUACCCUCCCACUAUCACAGAGUCCAAGAGCAAUGAAGCGGCUACAGGACGACAAGCCUUACUGCGGUGCGAGGCGUCAGCAGUGCCCACACCUGAUUUUGAGUGGUACAGAGAUGACACCAGGAUAAACAGCGCCAAUGGUCUGGAGAUAAAGAGCACAGGGAGCCAGUCUCUGCUGGUGGUAGCCAAUGUCACUGAAGAACACUAUGGGAACUACACCUGCGUGGCUGCCAACAAGCUGGGAGUCACAAAUGCCAGCCUAUACCUUUACAGACCCGGCACAGGGAGAGUAGACAGCGGCUCCAUGAGUUUGGCCGUCCCACUGUGGCUGCUGGCAGCAUCCCUGCUCUGCCUACUCAGCAAAUGUUAAUACAAAUCAGAAUUUAAAAUAAUAAUAAUAAUAAUUAAAAAAACCACGACGACAACAACAACAACACACAAAACAACGCGUUUUACAGGAGACAGAGUGAAGAGAAGGGAGAGAGAGAGAAAGAAGGAGAAAGAGAGAGAGAGAGAGAGAGAGAGGACUGUUUCUUUCACAACUUUUGUGUGUUCAGGAGCGAAGAAGGGGGGGAAAGGAAAAAAAAUCACAGCAAAGACGACUCAGCAACAUUUAUUCUGAAUUCUGACAAGCCAGCUGUCAAGUGACUGACCAUCUAGGAGGCAACACAAAGCGAGGGAAAGAACGGGGCACCAGCAAGGAUUGUGUCGCCAGAGAACACUGCAAUGUAAACAGACCAGCAAAACCCACGAAGCCAGUCAAAGAGAAGAUCCCUUUUCUUUUCUCUCCUCCUUCCUCUUUUCUGUACUCCCUUGCCUUUCUUCCUUCAUCCUAUUUCUUUGUUUUGCUGAAAGCGGUCUUUGCUUCAAUGAUUGUAGCCGCUUAACUUUUUGGAUGCCCUUGGUCAUUUUUGUGAGCUGAUGCUCAGCCAGUUCAUACUUUUGCAAAAAAAAAAAAAAAAAAAAAGGAAAAGAAAAGAAAAAAAAGAAAAAAAAGGAAAAAAAAGAAACCAAGAGCAAGUCAUCUGAAGAUCUCUACACACUGGUGUCCUGUGAAGAACCCCUUCUUCUCUUCAGUUCAUCCUGUGCACCAGGCCCUUGCUAAAUCCUUCUUUCCUGUACCAUCCUCUGUGCAGCAUCAUGCUCUCCGGCCUGAACUAAAGCUAUGUCAGCUAUACUAAAAGCAUAUUUUUAUUUUCUUUUUUAAUUCUCUUCCUCUCCCCCUCAAUCUGACCAGGUGUCUUUCUCUUUCUCCAGUGUAUGUCUCUCUCUCUGCGUGUGUGUGUGUGUGUGCAUGCAUGUGUGCAUGUGCGUAUGUGUGGGUCUCUCUCUCUCUCUCUCUCUCUCUCUCUCUGUCCUCUCUUUUUCUUUCUCUCUCUCUCUCACUCUUACUCUUGCUCUCUAUAAGCAUGCAAAAGGAACAGUCCAUGUGUACAUAUGCUCAUCCUGCUGUAGAUAAUGUCCUGCCUUGUGAGACAUGAUGCUGAGAGAUCAGUCAGGCAGAGAAGAAGGGUGAGGAGAGCGGGGCAGCUGCAACAGAAGUUCCCAUGGCAUACCCACUCCAGCCUCCUUGUUGUCUUUUUGAGUCCUGGCUGUCUUGCUCACAAGAGUCUGUCUGCAUCCUUUUUUUUUUUCAACCUUUUCUUCUGUCCCACCAGCACCUGCCUGGCACUCAGUCUUCAAGUAUCAGCGUAGCAGCUCCUACUACAUACAAGUGCUUGCUCAUGUUUAUGUGGGUGUGUGCAUGUGUGCGUUUGUCCAGAGAAGGAAAAGAAAGCAAGACUGACCUGCAGGACCAUGAUGUGCAGAUUGCAAGUGCCCACUCCUCCUGGGAAGGGGAAGCUGGGCAGGUGGGAUGCAAAUGAUGAGAGCUUGGACAUCGCUGAGCAACCAUUCCUGUAGGUACAGUGUGCAUAGGAACAAUGCCUCAGUGCAGAAACCACAAUGUGGUCAUUCCUAACCAUUUGAUAUUGAUUCAGAAAUAGAGCCAGUGGCCUUUUCUGUUGUUGGUUUUCUGUCCUCCCUGUUAUAAAAGGAAAAGUAGUCUAUGUGAAGGUGAGAGUGUGUGUGUGUGUGUGUGUGUGUGUGUGUGUAUUCGUGUGUGAGAGAGGGAGAGAGUGCUCACUGCUGCUACUACAAAGCUCACUUUGCAAAUUACACAUUUAAAACAAAUUGGGUCCAGGACCUGUGAAUGUAAGAAUAAAAACAAAUAUCAGGUCCAAAAUCCUGGGUUUAUAAAGAAGAAGCUUAAAGUGGUUCAGUGAAGGAGUAGGUGAUGCAAUUCCCCCUGCUCUUCUGUAUGCCCGUCUGCAGAGCACUGGUCCUUAUGGAGAGGGUUGUUGCUUGCCAUUGCCCUCCCCACGGCAGAGCUGUGUGCGGAGGUAACAGCCAGAGACACUCUGCUGACUCCUGAGGAACAGAGCAGUCUGAGAGCAGGCCGCCAGAAAUAGGGUUAAGAAAAAUGCUGGCUGGUGGCUGGAAGUUGCCAUGCCAGUGACAAGUCUCCUGCAGGAGAGGUAGGGAUCGCUGAGGGAGGGUGAAGCCAACAGUCACACGCUCCAGUGCAAUGGUGUGUGAAGGGGCAGCAGGGCAAAGACUGCCACGUUUCCUACCUAGAGUCACAAGCCCAAGCAUCUAUCUAUCAAGUAGA